AUGAAGAAGAUGUUUGAUUUCGGCAAGAAAGAGCAGUUUCCACCUGGCCCCUCCAUCAAGCUGCCGAAUUUCUUUGGGAUCCAAACGUCUGACUACAUCCCAGGAUACCUGAUCCAGAGCAAGGAUCUCCGGAAGAUCCACAAAGCUGCCUUGUUAGGGGAUGUGGCGAAAGUGCAGCAUCUGCUGCUCUUCGGAAAAAACAAUGUAAACGAUCUGGAUAGAGAGAAGCGAACAUCUCUUCAUCUGGCCUGUGCUAAUGGACAUUCAGAUGUUGUGUCUCUCUUAGUAGAGAGAAAAUGUGAACUGGAUUUGUUGGACAAAGACAGUCAAACACCUUUAAUGAAGGCAAUACAGUGUGAGCAGGAGGAGUGUGCAACUAUCUUGCUUGAACAUGGUGCAGACCCUAAUCUUGGGGAUGGCAGUAACAAUGCUCUUCACUAUGUUGCCUUUUUUCGGGGCAUAGACAUGGCAGCAAAACUGCUUCAAUAUAAAGCUGAUAUUGAAGCAAAAAACAAGGAAGGUCUUACACCACUUUUUUUUGCAAUUAGAGCAAAGAACUGUGAUAUGGCAGAAUUUCUCCUAAAGAAUGGAGCAAAUGUUAAUGCCUUGGAUGGCUAUAAAAGAACAACCCUUAUGAUUGCUGUCAGUAUGCAAUUCACAGAAAUGGUCAGUCUUCUUCUUCAAUAUAAUGUUGAUCAUACUAUCAAAGAUCAAAUUGGAUGGACAGCUGAGAAGUAUGCUAGGAUCUAUAAUUAUCCUCUGUAA